UAAAACAACGUUAAAAUGUUCUUUAAGUAUAUAGUGCUCUUAUCAGUUGCUGUAUUGGUUUCCGCUGCGAGGAUUGCUGGCCCCGAGGAAAGGAUUAUUGGAGGACACUACAUUCCCAUCGAAAAUGUUGCCUAUCAAGUAUCGUUGCAAGAUAAAAGGGGUCACUUCUGCGGUGGAACCAUACUUAGCGAGCGGGUUAUUCUAACUGCUGCUCACUGCCUUUAUGGACAAAUAAUUCAAGAUAUAUCAGUGCGCGCUGGAUCAUCGCAUUGGAAGAGGGAUGGACAGGUGGUAAAGGUUCUUAAAGCCAUAUUACAUCCACAAUACGAUCAACGUACAGUUGCCCAUGAUGCUGCCGUGAUGAUUUUGGAGUCACCUCUCAUUUUCGAUGCUAAUGUACAGAAAAUAGCUCUAGCUGAAGAAACUCCUAAAGAAGAUACUAUGAGCUUGGUAACAGGGUGGGGAUUUACACGAGAAAACUCUGGAUAUGUAUGGCCCGUACUUCAAGGCGUCCAUGUAGCUACCAUCGAUCACAAUGAUUGCCAGAAUGUCUAUAAUAAUUUAAAAAAUAUAACUAAGGACAUGAUUUGUGCUGAUGAGCCUGGAAGCGGGUCGUGUACAACUGAUUCCGGAGGUCCUUUGGUUAGCGUUAAUGAUCAGAAGCUCAUUGGCAUAGUGUCGUUUGGCGAGGGCUGUGCUAGAGAAAAACCUGGAGUCUAUGCAGAUGUGGCUUUUCUGCGCGAAUGGAUUAAUAAAACAAUUGUGAAUAAUAUUAAUUGUAUUGGUGUUAAUACCUAAAAAUCUACUAUAGUAGCAAUAAAAACAAGAGCAUUUAAAAAAAAGUUCGAUAUUAUUAACAGUUUAUAUGCUUGAAAAUGGAA